AUGUACCGUCUGUCGGCCUUCUUCUGUUUCAUCAUCUGCUUGCAAAUUGGCGUUUUUGCUGAACUAAGUCCUAGUUCAUGUUCUUUUAUUCGUACAGCAACUAGUAUCAGUACAAUUGUACCUGAAAUUGCUCAAAUAGCAAUGCGUUAUUAUCGUACUUCAUCAUCAUCAUUAUCAUUUUCCGAUCAACAUCAUCGUCAAAAACGUUUUCUUUUUGCUGUUAGUAAUGCAUCAAAAGAUCGUAGUACUAAUGGUGUUAAAGGAUCUAUACUUGAACAAGUAAUGAUUAAUGCAUUUAAAGAUGUUAAUUUUACUAGCGUAGCUUUAUUAAUUCUUAAUAAUAAUGAAACAAUGAAUAAAAUUCGACGAAAUACUGAUGGUAAAGCUAUUAUUCAUGCUGCUAUGCGUAAUAUUGAUUAUGAAAAAUUAGGUAGUAGUAUAUGGUAUGCUUCUGAAAAUGAAUUUGAUUUAGAAUAUUUGAUUUCCAGUUUAAUUAAUAUGACUCAUAUCGAUAUGAUACAUGAAGAGCUUCUUAAUACCGGUACAUUACCUGAUUGGCUUAUUAAAAGUAUUCAUCCCGAUCUGAAUGUUCGAGUUGUUCAUCGAAUAUUUGAAGAAAUAAAAAAUUUCACACGUAAAUUUAUUACAAUAAUGAAUAACUCUGAAAGUUUAGAUGAGUAUUUAUUUAAUAUGAUACAACAACAAGUAUUAACACCAUUAGGAAAAAUGAUUCAAAAACUAAAAGAUGAAAAACCAACAACACUUGAUCAACUUGUUGAAAUUAUUUUAAAUGAUGUCAAUAAAAUUAUUAUGGAAAGAUUAACAACGACAAGCAAACCAACAACAAGAACUAAGAAAACUACACAAAAAUCAUCAGCAACAUCAGAAGAUAACGUGUUUGAUGAUGUCAAGUUGUUAUUCUAUCAAUGUUCAAUUGCAAUUGAAUCAAUAGGACAAACAAUUCAAACUAUGUUAAAAGCAAUUGAACAACUCUAUUGUACAUCUAUAUGGGAUUGA